AGUCAGCCCACCCAGAAAAUGCCCAUUUUCUAGUACAAAAUCACUUCCAGAGGCCCUUGGAUCCCUGAGAGAGAAGAGGAGCGAACGGAUUACCCUCCACCACGUCACAUCCGUCCUACCAGAGAAGGGGGCUGGGCUUGAGAGUAGCAGAGCGAGAUAACGAGAUCCAGCAAGAGAACAGAAGUGCGCACACCGAGCGAGAGCGGCAGCCCCAGUGAGCGCGAGAGAGAAGCGUCUGUAAUACCCCCCCACGCCUUCAGUGAUCAUGUGUCAGAACAGGAGCCUUCAGCGGGCGGCAGCGCAGAGCUCAGGGAAAUGGUGAGAUGCUGCAGGUCUUUGCACAGCCCUCCGUCUUGCUACAAUCUCCACAGAGUUAGGGUUGAUGUGCGCCGGCUCCGGACGAUCAGCUCCACUGGAGCUGCCGGGGAGCAGGUGGGAGGCAACGGCGGCAACGUCUCAGGCCACGGGGCCCAAGCACUCAGCCACAGGAACCGAUUCAGGUUGCAGUUCCCUCAGUUGGCCUUGCGGCGUCGUCUUGGCCAGUUGAGCUGCAUGUCCCGGCCCGUCUUGCGGCUGCGCUCAUGGCCGCUCAGCUUCCUCUACUACUUCCUGACCUUCGGCGCACUCAAGCCCCUGGCCAAGGUUGGCUGGAGACCAACAAGCAGGGUUGCUCUGUACAAGACCAUCCCAACACGGCUGCUGUCUCGGGCCUGGGGUCGCCUGAACCAGGUGGAACUACCGACCUGGCUGAGAAAGCCAGUCUACAGUCUGUAUAUCUGGACGUUUGGCGUCAACAUGCAGGAGGCGGCUGUGGAAGACCUAAUUCAAUACAGGAACCUGGGAGAGUUCUUUAGACGGAAACUCAAACCGGCUGUCCGGCCCGUGUGCAACUCGCACUGCGUGAUCAGCCCAGCAGACGGGAAGAUCCUGCACUUUGGGCGGGUGCGGAACUGUGAGGUGGAGCAAGUCAAAGGAGUCACCUACUCUUUGGAGACCUUCCUAGGACCCCACACCUGGGCUGAGGCCAUCAACUGUACCAUCAAGCCAUCAAAUGAAGAGGACCCCAGCUCAUUCCAGGACCUGCUGGUGACUAAAGAGGGGAAUGAGCUGUUCCACUGUGUGGUGUACCUGGCUCCAGGAGACUACCACUGCUUCCACUCCCCCACAGACUGGAGGGUGGCCCACAGAAGACACUUCCCUGGCUCUCUGAUGUCAGUGAACCCUGGCGUGGCUCGCUGGAUCAAGGAACUGUUCUGCCAUAACGAGAGGGUGGUGCUGAGUGGAGAGUGGACGCACGGCUUCUUCUCCCUCACCGCUGUAGGGGCCACCAACGUGGGCUCCAUACGCAUCUACUUUGACAAGGAGCUUCGGACCAACAGCCCGCGCUACAGCAAAGGCUCGUACAACGACUUCAGCUACUUGUCUAACAACAACCAGGAGGGUGUGAGCAUGAGGAAAGGGGAGCACCUGGGAGAGUUCAACCUGGGCUCCACCAUCGUCCUGCUCUUCGAGGCUCCGCACGACUUCACCUUCAACCUGAAGGCCGGACAGAAAAUCCGCUACGGAGAACCCCUGGGGACUAUGUGAGCCAAGAUGGCUGACCAGAGAGACGCUUUCUGGGGGAAACAGACUAAACUAUAAGAAACUGAUGGACACGCUAACGUGCGUGUACAGAUCCAAGGGGACUUGCGUGCGCACACACAAACACACACACACACACACACAAUCAUUCAUACACUGACAUUCAGUAAAUGUACUGUACAUUGAAAUUGAGCGAUGUACACUUACCAUACGAUGCACUGACUGACUCACAGCAAAAACUCACAAGCCACCACUGUUGCUUUAUUAACAAGGGGGUCUCCCUGUUCCAUUGACUAGUUUCAAUGAACUAUUUACUUAUUUUGACAAUUGAUUACGACCAGCAAAAGCAAGAUAGUUUACAUCUAUUAGUUACUUUUUUGUUCCAUAAGAAUAACAUAGCUUAAAUUUUAUUAGCAUCUUUUAUUUUAUUUUGAUACAUUUUACCCAUAUUGCCUUUUUGUCAGGGGUCUCCUCGUCAAUGGGGAGUUCCUCUGAGGUUUCAGACACAAGCAGCACGAGCCUGAUUUAAAGAUCUGCUUAGUGCCGUGUAGCCCAACUCCUUUGUCCGUAGGCCAUACAUCACAAACAGAUCUGGGACUAGGCUAGCGAGCUGCGAGACGCAUCCACACACAGGUAACCCCCCCUGUCACACUAAGCCACUAUCAUGUGGACAGGCUUCCCUAUAUAGUAUACACACCUACAGCAAACACACCGCGAAGAAGGAAUGUACUAGAGACUAUAUACAGAGUUACCCUCUUCCUUCUCUUUCCCUCCCUCCUUCUCUUUCCCUCCCUCCUUCUCUUUCCCUCCCUCCUUCUCUUUCCCUCCCUCCUUCUCUUUCCCUCCCUCCUUCUCUUUCCCUCCCUCCUUCUCUUUCCCUCCCUCCUUCACUCUGAUACUGAACGCCUUCCUCCUCUCCUUCUGUCUCAUACACUCUCCGUCCGCACUGCUGGCUCUCCCUCUUCUGCCAUCCCCAGAGAAGGUGCUUGUGUUGGGGUGAUUAUGUGGACUCUUCCCCCUUCCUGUCAUGGAGGUGAAGACUGGCACGAUUCCGCCCAGUAAAAUGUGUCUGGGUCGUAUUCAUUAGGCACCUGCAGGAAGAAAACUGUCUGAAACCAGCCAGGAGUAGCUGGACUUGGUCCAAUAGGAACCUCUUAUUUUCAGUGUGUGAUGAAAAAAAUAAAAUGUUUUGCUAUGGGUGUGCCCUAAUGAAAACUUCCCUGUUGUAUUAAGCCCAUAGUGUACGAUCUCUGCCAUGCAUUAUUCAUCAUCAUUAGAGGUAGCUAGCAGCGCUGCCUGCUGCCAAUUCUCCUGUAACCCUAACCGUAAAUGACUGCUAAAAGGGGUAUGUCACAUUUUAGAGUAGACAUUAACAUGUGAUGAUGACUUCAGCGAUUUCUGUGAAGAUGAUUUACGAUGACGUGUGUUAAUCUAACCCAAUUCAUCAAUGGACGGAAUCCUGAUGUAUUCCUCUGAAUGGAGCCAUUAAUUGUAUGCUGAUAUACAGCCAUCUGACCAUCAUUACAAAAACAAACCCGUGCCGAAGUGCAGCACUUGUGGUAGGAUCAUGGGAGAGAAUGUGCAAGCUGGUACUGGUAACUAUUACGUUUUGUCUUCUGCUGUUCAGUUGAAUUGGAAUAAGUUGUUAAACUGGAAGUUAUCUGCCAGUGAUAAUAUUCAAAUAAGUUGGGCUAAACCUUUUUAAGACUGUAAAAUGUAUGCUGAUAUCGAUACUAACGAUUGUGACAACCUUCAGAUACCCAGGGCUGAGCUAUUUAAAGCUAUUUUUUUCUGUGUUUCUGUUUUAGGUUUUCUAGUAGUGCCAAAAAUACUAAAGUGUUUUUUUUUGGGUUGUUUUUCGAUGUAUUCAACAAAAAAAAUGCUUUGAACAAAUGUAGACUUCCUGGCGCUUUUUGGGUUUCUGCUGCUAAACUAUUGCUCUGUUUUGAGGGGGUAGCGACCUCUUCUGACUCUGACCCCCUCGGUAAAGGAAUUCUGAUCGCCAGCAUACGACAAACGGUGGUCACAGACGUGAUGGACCGGGGAGAUGCCGGUGACACCAAACCCCUUGGCUACGUCGUCGUCCCACAAAUAGUGUCGCAAACAGAAACCAAACGCCAUGGCCUGGCCACUGCCUGCUGCACACUAGUUUUUAUAUGUACAUUGUAAUAUACUUGACUCACUCAACACUGCAUAGACUUUAAUCUCACCUUUUUUUUUAGAAGCAGGAAAACAUGUCUAAUAAAUUUUGGCGUAUUCUUUAAAAAUA